AGUUAGUAAAGAGGCAAUUUGGGUUAAUACUAGAUGUAGACUUGGUCACACUAUUACACAUUUUCGUAUUGAUUUUAUUUGCUGAAAAGUCCAAGACAAAAAGUUGCGGAAUACACAAUUAAAGAGUCAUUAAAGGCGUUUGGAAUUUGUUGCAUCUAAAUGCAACUUAGUGUACAAAAAAAGCCAAACUUGCAAACAUGGGCGACAAUGAGCAAAAGGCCCUUCAGCUUAUGGCUGAGGCUGAGAAGAAGCUGACACAACAGAAGGGUUUUCUAGGCUCACUUUUUGGUGGCUCGAACAAGAUCGAAGAUGCCAUCGAGUGCUACCAGCGGGCUGGAAACAUGUUCAAGAUGUCCAAGAACUGGACUAAAGCAGGCGAGUGCUUCUGUGAGGCAGCCACGCUCCAUGCACGCGCUGGCAGUCGCCACGAUGCUGGCACCUGCUACGUGGAUGCCUCAAACUGUUACAAAAAGGUGGAUGUUGAGAGCGCAGUCAACUGUUUGAUGAAGUCCAUUGAUAUCUACACCGAUAUGGGACGCUUUACCAUGGCUGCCAAGCAUCAUCAAAGCAUUGCGGAAAUGUACGAGAGCGAGCCCAGCACACUGGCCAUGUCAAUUCAGCACUAUGAACAGGCAGCUGACUAUUUCAAGGGUGAAGAGUCUGUUAGCUCGGCCAACAAGUGCAUGUUGAAGGUUGCUCAAUACGCUGCCCAGCUGGAGGAUUAUGAGAAAGCAAUAUCCAUAUACGAGCAGGUGGCUGCCUCCUCCCUGGAGAGUUCGCUGCUCAAGUACAGCGCCAAGGAGUACUUCUUCCGCGCUGCUCUCUGUCAUCUGAGCGUGGAUUUGUUGAAUGCGCAGCACGCCAUUGAGAAGUAUGCGCAACAAUAUCCAGCAUUCCAGGAUUCCCGAGAGUUCAAGCUAAUCAAGGUGUUGUGCGAGCAUCUUGAGGAGCAGAACAUCGAGGGCUUCACAGAGGCAGUUAAGGAUUAUGAUAGUAUCUCACGCUUGGAUCAGUGGUACACAACUAUCUUGCUACGAAUUAAAAAGGCCGCCGAUGAGGAUCCAGACUUGCGAUAAACAAUUUAAACACUCUAUUAACGCAUAUAAAUACAUACCUAUAUAACUAAUUAAAUGCUUUUUUCAGUUACAAAAAAAACAA